AUGUUCGAACGUAUCAAGAAGAAGGUGUCUCGUCGACAGUCGGAGCCGGCGAUCUUUGAUCUACCUGCCCUGCCUUUUGCCGGCAGACGGGCCCUGACCUCGACAAACCGCACCGUGAUGAUCCUGGACGAACCCCAUCCUCGCCAUAGCGCUCUGGUUUCCAGACUUCGGGCUCUGUCUGUGCUGAGCCAGGCUACCGACGCGCCUCGGAGACUGAGGCUGGUACUGAAGAAGCAGGCUCGAGAACUCGUGAAGUUCGAGACGUCGCAGGUUGUCGGGAAGAAGCUUCUAUCGCUCUUGAGUGAUUUGGGCCUCCAACAGCCUUUCCCGCUUUCCACCACGAACAACUCCACCCUGGGACCUUUGCUGAAGCUGAUACGCUGCUUCGUGGCAAACACAAACGAUUGCAUCUACUUGCCGCCAGCGCUGCUGGCUAGUUUCACAUAUGACGAUGUGGAGAACGGCGGCGCUCAUGUCAACGAGGACAUCGACACCGCCGCUUCGGAUGCCCCGGAAGGGCAUGAUACGCCAGAGGAGGACGAUGAUAACGAUUUCUCGGGCCACGAACACGCCUCGUUGCCACUUCCAAGUCACGACGACGAUUCUGCACGUCGAGCCUUUGAGCUGAAGCUUCAACCUUUUAAUUCUCCUAAUUACCUCAGCCUGAAGAUCGACUCGGACGCGCCCAUUCCCCAUGUUUUUGCCUUCAUCAUAGAACUCACGAAGGAAACGUCUGUACGUGAGGUGCGCUUUGAAUUCCAGCUGUGUGUGCUGACGUUGUGGCCCACCGGUGACCCUCAUAACCACUACCACCAAAAAGAGAAAUACAAGAUCGGCCAGUUCGAGUGGCUUUCAUCCCUAAGCGAUGCUGACUAUUACAUCAACACCCAGAAUUCCAACGAUGCCAAAAUCCGCAAGAUCGACCCCAAUGAGCUCGCAAAACGCUCGAAACGUUACCGCUUAGUCAAAGUAAGAGAUUUGGCGGAUGACAACGACCCGAUCAACAACUCAAAGAAAUCUUUUUCGCUUAAUCCUGAGUUUACGUCCCAGUCUUUCUCGGAUGCGAUGUCAAUUCCAUCUUCGGGCAUUCAGGAAACCGCCAAAGCUGGUCUUUACGUUUUCCUUUUGCCUCUCAUCUUUCCAUCACACAUGCCUGCUUCGGUCACCUCCAUCAACGGUUCGCUCAACCACCGCUUAUCCAUGAACUUGAUCAAAAUGAGCGACAAGCUCAAUAGGAAAACAAGGGUAUACUCCUACUUUAACCUUCCUAUGGUCAGAACGCCGCCUUCACUCGCGAACUCUGUUGCUGAUAAACCUAUUUACGUCAACAGGGUUUGGAACGAUGCCAUGCAUUAUAUCAUCACUUUCCCCAAAAAGUACGUGCCUCUAGGCUCCGAGCAUACAAUCAAUGUCAAGCUCAUCCCGUUGAUGAAAGAUGUGAUUCUUAAGCGAAUUAAAUUCAAUGUGCUUGAGAGAAUCACUUACGUGUCGAAGGACCUCAAGCGUGAGUACGAGUACGAUAGUGAUGACCCUCACUUGGUCAAACCUCAUUGUGAAUUGAAGACACGUGAGAGAGUUGUUCAUCUUUGCGAGCUCAAGACGAAACAUAGAAGCAAUUAUUCAGGUUCUGCUGAGCCUUUCAAGGAGGAGGUUAUCAAAUGUCCUGAUAAUAACUUGUUAUUUUCGUGCUACGAGCCUAAAGACGAUCCAGCCCUGGAUGACCCUCUAGCCAAACCGGAGAAAUCAACUAUGAUAGCUUCUCCCCUUGAUAUCAACAUUGCUCUUCCAUUCUUGACCACAAAGACUGACAAAGUCAUGAUGACCGCUAAUCCUGACGAGGCGAACUCCAAUGCAGCUCCAAGAAGAUCACUCAGUGUCCACCGCGAUUCUGUGCUGAGCGGCACCUUCUUCCCAUCUUCGCCCAUAAUCGGAUCUUUGGAAACGCAGAUUAGCCAUAUGCAUGCCGAUGUUCCUGGAGUGUCCGAUAAUGUCGACGAUGAUGUCUUCAAGCUCGACUCAUCGGCUUACAUGGAUGAAAGCAAGACAACAAAAGAGAACAUUCAACAGGGAUACACCUCAGUUCAUAAGGCCCUUGCUCCGGACUCAAACUUUCGUCACAUUCAAGUCUCCCACAGAUUGCAGGUGUCUUUCAGAAUUUCGAAGCCUGAUCCCAAGGAUAACAACCGUAUGCACCAUUAUGAGGUUGUGGUGGACACUCCGCUCAUUCUUUUGAGUGCAAAAUGUAAUGAGUCGUCUAUUCAACUUCCAAGAUACGACGAGAUCGACCCCGAAGUGGUUCCGUUGUCUACACCGCAAAGGAGAGACAUUACUUUUAGAACCCCCUCAUACAGUAAGAAUGGUGUCAGCAUCAAGCCUUUGGAUCCAGAAGGUGAUGACCGCUUGCCAUCUUUCGAAGAAGCCAUCUCAGCGUCAGCGUCUCCUGUCAUGCGGUCGUUCUCGGUUGCUGAUGAUCCAUUGAGUAGGGCAAAUUCUGUCAGUAAUGCCCCUGUGCCAUCGUAUGAAGAGUCUAUGCCGGGAAAUGUGAACGAUGAAUACAUUCCUACUCUUCGUAUCGAUGACUUGGUGAUCGAUCCAGCUAAUGCUUCAGCACCAUCAAGGCCAUCCGGACUAAGAGCAUCCCUUGGAAAUUCAUUUGCACCCUCAUCAAACAGCCGCAGCCCUGACACCAACAAUUCGUCAGUUGGUUCCAGAGAUAAUGAUGGGUCUGCACCCGAGGAAGGAGAUCCACUUUCACUUCUUAGCUCUGACUCGGCCAGCGAGGCUGUGCUGUCUAGCGAUUUAGUAUCACUGUCUACAAGUCAUGACUCUGCAGUGGAUCGCCUUCCUUCUAAAGAAAUUGGCUCUAUCUCACCUAGAGCUGUGCCAGGACUUGGCCAUGGUGGAGAAAAUGACCUCUCUACCCUGCCGCUUCUUAAGAAUGAGAGCGUCGAGAGUAUUCAUGGAAGCAAUCCGACCAGAGCGACGGAAGAUUUGGCAAAAAUCCUGUCCACUGACUUGGGAGACCCCCAGCUGCUUGGCCUCCGCCAUGCAUACUAG